CCCACUCUGAACCUGGGCCUGAAACAAUGUCCUCCACCAAAAGAAACAUGAAGGACACUUGAUCGCACAAGCCUUGGAAUUACUUCCAGGAAACACUUGUAGAGACCAUUCGGAACAACCUUUCCCUGGCAGCGCACACGGGGACGGCCAGGAGAUGAGUGCAUCUUUGAAUUACAAGUCUUUUUCCAAAGAGCAGCAGACCAUGGACAACUUAGAGAAGCAACUCAUCUGUCCCAUCUGCUUAGAGAUGUUCACGAAGCCCGUGGUCAUUCUCCCCUGUCAGCAUAACCUGUGUAGGAAAUGCGCCAGUGAUAUCUUCCAGGCCUCUAACCCGUACUUGCCCACCAGAGGAGGCACUGCCAUGGCAUCAGGGGGCCGAUUCCGCUGCCCAUCCUGUAGGCACGAAGUGGUUUUGGACAGACAUGGGAUAUAUGGACUUCAGAGGAACCUGCUGGUGGAAAAUAUCAUUGACAUCUACAAGCAGGAGUCCACCAGACCAGAAAAGAAGGCCGACCAGCCCAGGUGCGAGGAGCAUGAAGAGGAGCGCAUCAACAUCUACUGUCUGAACUGCGAGGUGCCCACCUGCUCUCUGUGCAAGAUCUUUGGGGCACACAAGGACUGCCAAGUGGCUCCCCUCACUCACGUGUUCCAAAGGCAAAAGUCUGAACUCAGUGAUGGUAUUGCUGUCCUUGUGGGAAACAAUGAUCGAGUCCAGGGAGUGAUCAGCCAGCUGGAGGACACCUGUAAAACUAUUGAGGAAUGCUGCAAAAAACAGAAACAGGAGCUUUGUGAGAAGUUUGAUUACCUGUAUGGCAUCCUGGAGGAGAGGAAGAAUGAGAUGACCCAAGUCAUUACUCGAACCCAAGGGGAGAAACUGGAACAUGUCCGUGCCCUGAUCAAAAAGUAUUCUGAUCACUUGGAGAAUGUAUCAAAGUUGGUUGAGUCAGGAAUCCAGUUCAUGGAUGAGCCAGAAAUGGCAGUAUUUCUACAGAAUGCCAAAACCCUGUUACAAAAAAUUUCUGAAGCAUCGAAGGCAUUUCAGAUGGAAAAAAUAGAGCAUGGUUAUGAGAACAUGAACUACUUCACAGUCAACCUCAAUAGAGAAGAAAAAAUAAUACGUGAAAUUGAUUUUUACAGAGAAGAGGAAGAGGAAGAAGAAGAAGGAGAAGAAGGAGAGGGAGAAGAAGGAGGCGGAGGAGAAGGAGAGGGACAGGGAGAAGGAGAGGGACAGGGAGAAGGAGAAGGAGUAAAAUUGGAAGAGGUAGAAAAUGUUCAAACAGAGCCAUCAGGAGAAGAUGAAAGUCCGGAGAAAGCCUUGGAACCCUCUCAGCUGGCCUCAGAGCUCCAGGCUGCCCCAGCCACUCUUCCUAUUUCCUCUCCAGAGCCACCUCCAGCCCUGCCAUCUGCUGCUGAUGCCCUGGUGACACAGGGGGAGGUUGUAUCCACUGGCUCUCAGCAGACCACAGAGUCUGAAACUCCAGUCUCUGCAUCGAUGGACACUGCGGAUCCCUUGUUUUACCCUAGUUGGUAUAAAGGCCAAACCCGGAAAGCUACCACCAACCCAACUUCCACCCCAGUGAGCGAAGGUCUGGGGCACAUAGGGCCUCCAGGUUCUGAGGAUUCGAAUGUGCAGAAGGCAGAAGUGGCAGAAGCUGCAGCCAGUGAGAGGGCAGCAGUGAGUGGUAAGGCAACUAGUUCACCUGCAGCUACUUCUCAGGAGUUAGCAAUCUGCCUAGCACUUCUGGCUUUUCUUAUACUUCACUACAUCUGGAGUCAGAUUCAGUGCUUGAUUUUUACUUUAAUGGAGAUAAGAAGGGAGAGAAAAAAAAUUGAUGUGAGAGAGAAACAUCAACUGGUUGCCUCUCAUAUGCGCCUGGAUGGACAGGGGAUUAUACACACCUGGACUGGGGAACAAACCUACAAUGCCCAGAUUGGGGAAUGAACCCACAGUGAAGGCAUGUGCCUUGACCAGGAACCGAGCCUGAAGCCUUUCAGUUAAGGCAUGAUGCUCCAAUCAACUGAGCCAAACUGGCCACAGCCCAAAAUAUGUCUUAUCUUGAAGGUCUUAUAUAAAUCCCCAUUUCCCAAAAUGUUUGGCAACUCUCCUCCUAGUCAUCCAUUUACCUGAAUGUUUGUUUACCCAGAUGUUACUACCCAUUUAGAGUUUUGAUAAACUCUAUGAAAAUCCAUGAUGACUCAACUCUGAAGUCCACUUAAAGGCACUUAUGGAGUUCAUUGUCCAGUAGAGCAAAGACAGAAGAUAUACGUUAGAGAGUCACACAAUAUUAGAUGAACGAAAAGGUAAAAGAUAUGUGAUUUUUAAACUUACCUAUUUUAAGUGUAAGAUUCAAGCACAUUUUAAAAAUAUGUAGCAUGUACAGACAUUACCACAAUUAAGAUAUAGAAUAUUUUUGUCACUCCAAAAAGUUCCCCCAUGUGUCUUUGCAGUUAAUCCCCUCCUUGCAUCCCAGUUUAUGUUUUGCUUGUCGUUACAGUUUUGCCAGUUCUAGAAGAUCAUAUAAAUGGAAAGAUGCAUUCUGUAGACUUUUGUGACUGGUUUCUUUCACUUAGCAUAAUGCUUUUGAGAUUUAUCCAUUUUGUUGCACUUAUCAGUAGCUCAUUUCUUUUUAUCCUUAGUAGUAUUCCAUUGUAUGGACAUACCACAAUUUACCUGUUCAUCACUUGAUGGGUGGUUGUAUUGUUAGAAGUUUUGGCUAUUUAAAAAUAAAGUUGCUAUGAACGUUCACAUAUA